CCAUUUCGUUAACAAAAAAACGCAUGGCAAAACGCGAUAAGACGACAUAAAAGUUUCAAAAAGGAGGAAAUUGACUUAGCUCGUCUCUUUCCAUCUUCCCAUUUAAGUUUUCUAUACUACAGUAGCCUUGAGCUAGACAAUUGAUGAGUUUUACGCUUUCAUUGUUCGUUGCUUCGUGAUAGCUCUUUAGAGUUUUACUUUUUUCUAGUUUUCUUUAGCUUGCGUUUCUUUAUGAACUAAAUAUUUCCUGGCCUUGGGUUACAGGUGCUCGACGAAAUGCCUGAACCAUGCUUUCCUUUACUACCGCGCCAACCCUUUUUUUUGUGUCACUGAAUUCUUUCAUUGAUUUGAGCCCCUAUACCUUUCCCUUUCCUCUUUUUGAAGGUAAUUCAAGAAAGAAGGAAAAACGGCUUAUGUCUCUGCAAUUCAUUGCAGUCAAGGAUACUGGUUCUACGUUGGGGUUUGUUGACGUAAAGAAAAGGAAUUAUAGUGAUUGUUGUUGGAGUUGUGCUGGGUUUGUCAGGAGGUGUAAAAAAGAUUGGGAAAGUGACGGAGAUUUUGCAUUGGAGGCGGAGAUUUUAGAGUUCAUGAAGAAUUCAGAUAAACCGGAGGCGUUUCCAAGCAAGAAAGAGUUAAUUGAUGCAGGAAGGAUGGAUCUUGUAGAGGAUAUUUUGAAGCAAGGAGGCUGGCUUGCUUCUGGUUGGGAUUUGGAAGAUAGUUUAAGUGAGGGAACGGGUGUUCUUUAUAAUGGUGAUAUGAAUUGGGAUUUGAUAACAGAUAAAGAAUGCAAGAAUGCUGAGAACGUUUUGAAUGGCAAAGAAGAACGGAGCACUGAAGUUUCUUCUUGUUCUCCAGCAUCCUCGUCUGGUAGAUCACUAGAAACAGCAGCUGUGAACGAUUCCGGGAUUGAGGGUAUAUUAAGUCGAUUGGAGAAGGAAAGGAAUAUGAAUUUUGGGUUUGGUUUGAGAGAGAAAGCUGAAAAUACUUAUGUCCAAAGUAAUGGUCUUGAACACAACUUGCUGGCUAAAAGCUCAAAAAUUGUGGCAGUUGCUGACUUUGAAAGAAACAAUAGACCUGCAUCAUCAAACCUAACCAAUGGCACAAUCAAUGAUUCAGAGAGCAAGUUCAGUCACAGCACAUCUCCAUCAAACAUCGAUGGUUUCAGGAAUUCACUUAAGCCAGAUUCUUGGAGAACAUGGAGCAUUAAGAGGGCAGGGUUUUCAGAAAUGGAAUUUGAAGCUGAUGAAAUCAUUUCUUACGGAACUAGAACAGUAGAUGCAAUGGAUGCUGUGGGAGAUGAAAUGCUUGAAAAAAAGGAGGGUGCUACAGCACCUUUAAACAGAAGGAAAGAUAACUGUUCUCAUGGAAGGAUUAACAGCAAUGAAAUACGAAGUUGCCUUCAGCACUUAGAGGCAGAGCUUUCCUCCGUACUUAACAUGUUAAAAUCAAACACUAGUGAUAGUGUAACAGAGAAAGUUCAUGAAAGCGCUUCUGAUGAUUUGCUGAAGCUUUCUGAUGCUUGGGAGUUUCAGGAAAAUGAGGUCAUCAAUGCUCAGGCUAAAUUACGGUCAAUACGAGCGAAGUUAGCUGUAUUAGACGGGAAAAUGGCACUUGCAAUAAUUGAUGCGCAAAAGAUAGUAGAAGAGAAACAGAAAAGAGUGGAUAUUGCUCGGAGAGCUUUACGACUUCUUCGUACUGCCUGCAUAGUUUGGCCUAAUUCUGCCUCAGAGGUGCUCUUAGCUGGAUCAUUUGAUGGAUGGGCCACCAAGAGAAAGAUGCAGAAGUCGAGCACAGGCGUAUUUUCUUUGUACAUGAAAUUGUAUCCAGGCAGAUACGAGAUCAAAUUCAUCGUUGAUGGUGAGUGGAGAAUUGAUCCCCUACGCCCUAUUGUUCUGAGUGAUGGAUAUGAGAAUAAUCUACUCAUCAUCACAUGACAUGCAAUAGAGAGCACGAGAAGAUAAAACCUUUAUAAUCGGAAAAUGUUGAAAGAAAUGCAUUUAGCAAGAUUUGUUUUUUUCUUUGUAACAGAUUGAGUGAUAGAUAAUUCUUUUAUCACGGAGGAUUAGGAUAUUAUUUAGAGCAGAUGAUCAGACGCGGGCCUAUGGUUUUUCCUCUGUUAAAACAUCCAUCAGCGUGAUCCUACGCCAUCAAUCUCUGUAGAAAUUCUUACUACUUUUGAUCUAAUACGUGCUUUGCGAA